CGCAACCAUCGAUUACUCACACUAAUCGCUUGGCAGCUGCCAUCGCCAUCAAGAAACAAGGAGAAACGACCCUAAAGUAAAGAAAGCACUCGAAGCGAAUUUCACAUCAGAAUUAGUGUUUACGUAAAAACCCCGAGGAGAACGAUUAAUCCGCGCACAGCCAAACGCAGAAGAAGAAACGCCAGCGAGACGAGGACGCCAAGAUGAUUAAACUCUUCACGCUGAAGCAGCAGAAGAAAGACGGCGAACAAAAGGGGAGCGGCGGCCAGCAGAAGAAAGCCUCCGCCGCCCAGCUGCGCAUCCAGAAAGAUAUUAGCGAACUGAACCUGCCAAACACUUGCGCCACAGACUUCCCCGAUCCCGAUGACUUGCUCAACUUCAAGCUAAUCAUCUCGCCCGACGAGGGCUUCUACAGGGACGGGCGCUUCGUGUUCAACUUCCGCGUCGGAUCCAACUAUCCGCAUGAGCCGCCCAAGGUGAAGUGCGCCACCCAGGUGUAUCACCCCAACAUUGAUCUGGAGGGCAACGUCUGCCUCAACAUUCUGCGCGAGGACUGGAAUCCAGUGCUGAACAUCAAUUCCAUCAUUUAUGGCUUGCAGUUUCUGUUUUUGGAACCAAAUCCCGAGGAUCCGCUCAACAAGGAGGCGGCCGACGUCCUGCAGACCAACCGCCGUCAGUUCGAGUACAAUGUGAAGAAGGCGAUGCGCGGCGGCUAUGUGGGCGAGACCUACUUCGAGUGCUGUCUGCACAAGUGAUAUAGGGAAUCCGAAGGUCUCUUACUUUAAGCCUGCCCAAACACCCCUCCCUAACCUACCCCCGCUAACUGGAGAAGAUGAUGCAAACACAGACGAACAACGGCGACAACAAAUUAUUGUAAUAAACGAAAGCAAAAUCCACUGCGUGCGAAGAAGAAGCCGAGUCGAGUCACCAAUUUCUAGUUUUUAAUACAAUUCAUUUAGCAACUUC